GAAAAAACAAAGCAAAAACGAAAAGAAAAUCGCCAGUCUUUGGAAAAAGGCAGAGAAAGAAACAACGGAAGAAAGUGAGCACGCCUAGAAAAUUGGGUAGAGCUGAGCCCAGCGCCACUUUCUUUUCUUCUUCCUCUUUCCCCCCCUUCCUCCAAUUUCGCUCGCUCACUUAACCCAACACGAAUCAUCACUCCAUCGUCCUCUAACAUCAAUAUCCCAUGCGGGUCUUGGCUCAAAAUUUCAUCUUGUAGAGAGGGGAGUUUAUAAAUUAUUUCUUGGCGAAGUCAAAGGACUUGGACUCUGAUCUGACUUUGCUUGUCUUUCGGGUUGAUUUUGACUUCGGGGGUUCUUCGAGUAUCGAAUUCUCGCAAGAGGCAGUAGAAGAACGGGACAACUCCACAGUGAAAGGAUCUGCUCGUGAUUUUUGAGUUGUUGUGAGGCAAAUUUUGGGUCCUCUCCAUAAUAAGAAUCCUGAGCUGACAUUGAGCUGAUAAAUUUUACAUUUCUUCCGAGCAAUGAGAAAGUGAUGUAAUUUUGGAGGUUGUGAAACAUCGGAGCUCGGUGAAGAGAAUGAGAAGGCCUGAAUCAGACAACAAUUAACAAUAGGCGUGCAACUACUCUGUUGACGUCUCGGAGCACACCGCUGGAAAAGGAUUGGCCCCUAAAUCUUGCGUUGAGACCAGCAUUAAUAUAGAGUAUUCAGAAGAAUCGUGGAAAUCAAAAUGGCCGAUGGCAGUCCGAGAACAGACAUCUCAACUGAUGACACAGAUGAGAAGAAUCAGAGGUUCGACAGGGGUAAAUCUACAGCUAUUGUUGCCUAUGAUUCCAGCGACAGAUCAAAGGACAAGACUGAUCAAAAGACUCUUCGCAGGCUUGCUCAAAACCGUGAGGCGGCAAGAAAAAGCCGAUUAAGGAAAAAAGCGUAUGUCCAACAACUGGAGAGUAGCCGCUUGAAGCUAACUCAACUAGAGCAGGAACUCCAGCGAGCAAGACAACAGGGGAUAUUCAUAUCAAGCUCAGGAGACCAAGCUCACUCCGCUGGUGGAAAUGGGGCCAUGACAUUUGAUGUAGAAUAUGCCCGGUGGUUAGAAGAGCAAAACCGGCAAAUCAAUGAGCUGAGGUCAGCAGUGACUGCCCAUGCCGGUGAUGGGGAACUCCGUAUCAUUGUUGAUGGUAUCAUGGCACACUAUGAUGAAAUCUUCAGGCUGAAGAGUAAUGCAGCCAAGAAUGAUGUUUUCCAUCUCUUGUCGGGAAUGUGGAAAACACCAGCUGAGAGAUGUUUUAUGUGGCUUGGCGGUUUUCGUCCAUCAGAGCUCCUCAAGCUUCUCGCAAACCAGUUGGAGCCGCUGACAGAGCAGCAGCUGACUGGUAUCGGAAACUUGCAGCAAUCCUCCCAGCAGGCAGAAGACGCAUUGUCUCAGGGGAUGGAUGCAUUGCAGCAAUCUCUUGCUGAGACAUUGUGUAGCGGAUCUCUGGGCUCUUCGGGUUCAUCAGGCAAUGUGGCAAAUUACAUGGGUCAAAUGGCCAUGGCUAUGGGAAAGCUAGGGACGCUUGAUGGGUUUAUCCGCCAGGCUGAUAACCUGCGGCAACAGACACUACAACAAAUGAAUCGCUUAUUAACGACUCGUCAGUCAGCUCGUGCGCUCCUUGCAAUUCAUGAUUAUUUCUCCCGACUUCGGGCCCUUAGUUCCCUCUGGCUCGCCCGUCCAAGAGAAUGAAGAGGUCAUGGUCCACGAAGGCUGACAUGUACAUUGGUGAUCUUUAGGAACCUAUCAGUUUUGAAGUAGUUUCGGACCUAGAACUGGUUGAUUUCUAGUUUUCUUCAGUUUUUUUUCCUACUUUUGGCUAUAAUUAUUUUUUCUUUCUUAGACACGAAGUCACAGAGAAUUGGUUGAUGGUAUGUUAAGCUAUCAUAGGUUGGGAUUGGAUUGUCAUCAUUGAGGAUACUGCUAAUUGUGUAGGCACUCCUGUUCAUUAGUCAUCUAAUAAUUGGUGCAACUAUCAUUGUAGUUUCUGGAAUGAUGUGGUAAGAUUGUUAAAGGAAGCACUUCGAAUCA